AUGGGUAAUGUAGUAGGAGCACCUAUUACAUCAGACUAUCUUGAAGAUGAAAUAGGACCUAUAGUAUCACAAUUCUCAAUGGGUAAUGGUAGAUUCUUAAAGACGUUAAAGGCAAUACACGAUCUUGAAGGUCACGUUAUUGUAAAGAUCUACAAAAAGAGGCACAACAAAGAAUCAUUAAUAGACUAUAAAAGAGCAUUAGAAGAGAUUAAAGGAAACUUUGAAACAUUGGUAAACUUGAUGCCAUAUCAAAACUUUUUAGAGACUGAUCGAUCAGGAUACUUGAUCAGACAAUACUUUAGCAACAAUUUGUACGAUCGGUUGAGCACGAGACCAUUCCUUUCGACGAUUGAAAAGAAGUUUAUCACCUUUCAAAUGUUGAGUGCCCUCAUACAGGCAUUCUUUAAGGGUGUGUCUCACGGCGACAUCAAGUGCGAAAACAUCAUGGUGACAACCACCAAUUGGAUCUAUUUGGCUGAUUUUGCAUCCUACAAACCAACCUUUAUCCCCGAAGACAACCCUGCCGAUUUCUCGUACUACUUUGAUACGAGUGGACGUCGUACAUGCUACAUUGCACCCGAACGAUUCUACGAGACCAACAAGGGCGAGCCCAAAGGACAGCUCACCCCCCAGAUGGACGUCUUUUCACUGGGUUGCGUCAUUGGCGAGUUGUUUACCGACGGUACACCCCUAUUUGACUUUUCUCAGAUGUUGUCGUAUCGCAAGGGUGACUACAACCCAGAACCUGUCAUUCGAAAGAUCAACGACAUUCACAUCCAAUCUCUCAUCAUUCACAUGAUCCAACGUGACCCCAAGCUACGUUAUCUCCCCGAGCGUUAUGUUGCCGACUGGGCAGGCAAAGCAUUCCCAAAAUACUUUUCUUUUGUUCAUAGCUUUAUUCGUUCACUUUCAAACUUGGAUCAUGAUGAUCGAAUUCAAUGUAUUAUAGAUAAAUUUGAUGAAUUAUUAAAUAUCUUUCAAAAUCUACCAAAACCAUCACAACCACAACCAUCUCAACCUCUACAACAACAACAACAACCAAAUCAAUUUAAUAUUGGUCAACAAAUUAAACAACAACAACAACAACAACAAAGUAGUGGCAGUAGUAGUGGUAGUAAUAAUACUAUAGAUAGUGGAGAUUUACAAAGUAAUAUAACCAAUAUAUUAUGGGAAUCUGAAAAGUUUAUCAAUGAAUGUGAUAAAUUAAAUCAACAAUCUCAAUUACAUGGAAAAACCAACUUGUCUAGUAGUGGUAGUGGCAAUCAAACGACACCAAUAAUAUCAAGUAAAGAGAAAUCAUUUAUUGAUGAUGUAAAGAUUUUACCAACUACUGGAAUGAAUAUUUUAAAACAAGCAUCAUUGGAAAGAAAACCAGUAGAACAAUAUCCAGUGGUUGAAGGAUUGGAUUUAUUAUUAUCAGUCAUCUAUCCAUCACUACGUCAUUGUCAAUACCCUCAAACCAAAGUUAAAUGUAUUGGUGAUUUACUUGUAAAAUUUGCUCAACAUUUAUCCGAUGAAUGUAGACUUCAAAAAAUUAUCCCUUACAUUAUUUCAAUGAUCUCUCAAGAUCAACCAACUUUGGUUCGUGUUGAAGCUUUAAGAAGUUUAUCAAAAGUUAUUGAAAUGAUUGAAUCAUUUCCACCAAGUGAUUCAAUGAUAUUUUCACAAUAUAUAUUCCCAUCAUUAUCACAAAUUACAGAGGGAUCAGAUGAAUUGGUUAGAAUAGCAUUUGCAGAGAUUCUACCAAACUUGGCAAUGACAGCAAAAAGAUUUUUAGAGAUUGCACAAGAUCAACAUCUUUCAAGAGACCAACACCUAGACUCUGAGAGAAAGGAUAUACAAAAGUACAAGGUUUACGAUGCUGAUCUUAGCGACCUUCAAGAACUAUUCUUUAACAAGGUGAGCGAUCUCUUGACCAAAGAUUCGUGCAAUACUGUCAAACGUGUCAUCUUGUCUGACAUUUAUCGAUUGUGUCUCUUUUUUGGCCGUGCCAAAACAAACGAUUUGGUUCUACCUCUUAUCACUACCUUUUUAAACGACAAGGAUUGGCAGUUGCGUAGUUCAUUUUUCGAGAAUAUUGUGGCAGUUUGCACCAUUGUUGGAUCGGGUAGUUUGGAAUCGUUUAUCUAUCCCAUGACAUUGGAGGCAUUGACCGACGAGGAAGAGAAUGUGACUGAGCGUGCCAUUGCUGCGCUCUGUGAACUGACCGAUCUCGGUCUCUUUAGAAAGGCCAUUCUACUCGAGAUACUCAGUCGUUCCUCUCCCCUCCUACUCCAUCCAAACGAUUGGAUUCGCUAUGGAACCAUCUCACUCAUCAGCAAGAUUGCAACCAAGUUGUCAAAGACUGAUAUCUAUUGCUACCUCAAGCCACGUAUCCAACCCUAUCUCAUUACCGACUCAUCGUCUGAUAAUAUCGCCGAAUCGAAUCUCUUCCAACUGUUGAUCCCACCCAUCUCGCGUGAAUCAUUCAACACCAUCAUCAAUCAUGUCCAUCGUAAUCCUCAUCAAAAGGAAAUGAAUUAUAAUAACCAAGGAAGUUAUAGAAAGAUUAAAGAUGUCGUUGGAUCCUCUGCCGCCAACGUAGCUGAACAAAUAAAACAAAUGUCAGUCGAUCAAAUCGAAGAGAUUCCAGAGGAUUUCCAAUUCCUCAAGCAGUUGGCUAUCCCAGAUAUGGAUCAAAUUAAAAUCAUCAAGAUAUUUGACUAUAUCCGUUCGAAAAAGAUAUUCUCCAAGUUGGAAGAUAUGAACAAUGACACUUUUGUCGUCGAUACCAACUACCAACCAAUGAGUAGUAAACGAAACCAAACUCAAGAAAAGAUUGUCAGAGUUGCAAAACUCAGAAAUGAUACACCAAAUAUCAAUAGUGCGGUAUCUACUAGUACCGCCAAUCUCGGUAGUACUAUAGGGUCAACUGGAAUUGGAAGUAGUACACCCAUCAAUAUUAAUAAUCAAUUACCCAAUACAAACCCACUAUCCAAUUCACUUCCAACUAGUGGCAAUAAUAUGGUUAACAACUCGUCACCAUCCAAUACAAAUCUAUUGAUUAAUAGUGGUCCGUCAUCAUUACCAGCGUCUACAGCUAUUCCUUCUCCCAUGCCAAGUACUACUCCGACUGCCAGUAUUCCCACAACUUCCUCCAACAAUACACCAUCAUCCAACCAACAACAAGAAAUUGUUGGCAUUCAAGAAUUGAGUAUUGUAAACAAAAAGUUUACUCUUAAUCCUAGUGCAGGUGAGAAUGUAUUGUCUGUAGAGACGACCAAUGACUGUUACCUGCGAGCACCACCUUCUAUCCCCGAUCUUGGUGGAUACUCUGAAUAUGGUGUGUCGGGUGCACCUGGUCAGCUAACCACUUGGAAACCAGCUGGUAUCUUGGUCAGUCACUUUAUCGAGCACAAAGAUUCUGUCAAUGAAAUACAGGUCAGCAGUGACAACCUCUUCUUUGCAAGUUGUUCAAACGAUGGGACUGUCAAGAUUUGGGAUUGUUUGCGUAUGGAAAAGGGUGUGACAAACCGCGCUCGUCAGACAUACAACAGUCAAGAAGGACGUAUCACAUCCAUCUCUAUAUGCGAAAAGUCACAUACCAUCGCAUCGGCUUCAGACAAGGGAUCGAUCCACAUUUUCCGUGUCGGUAUUGGAGGCAAGCAAAAGAAUGGAAACAUCAAGUAUCCUGGUUUGUCAACAGUCAAGAAUAUUCUCGAUUGCGAGGGCAACAUCAUCUCGGUCGACCACUUUAACACCAACUCUAGCUCGAUUGUCACCUAUGCCACUAGCAAGGGUGGGAUUCAUGGUUGGGAUCUGCGAUCACAGCAAGAGGCUUUCCAUCUAUCCAACCAGAUGAGUUUGGGUCUCAUUCAGUCGUUCCUUAUAGACCCUAACCGCAACUGGCUUGUUACUGCCACAAGCCGUGGAUUCCUUACCUGUUGGGAUCUCAGAUUCGAGAUUCCACUCUACAGCGAGCGUGUUACCAAUGGACGUAUCUACAAAAUGUCACCAUACUAUGGUCCAAGAUUCUCAUCAGACAGCUGGAUAUUUGUCGCGUCAGAGUCAAAGGACAAUGUAGUCGUAUGGGAUCUGUCAUCCAAAACAACCACCAAGAUAUUCCGUCGAGGAUAUAUCGAUGGUGACCAAAUACAACAGUCACAACAACCAUCACAACCAUCACAGCAACCGUCACAACAACCACAACCAGUUGCGCAAUCACAAGGCUCCGCCAUUUUCAACCCAGUAGGAGGUAUUAUCAAUCAAAUGACAUCGUUUAUGAUUAAUCCUCUUACCUCUUCGUCGAUUUUUGGUGCUAUUGGUGGCAACAACAAUAGUCAGAGCAACCUUGCAACCUCUUCGCUCUCUGAAUAUGACUUUGGCAUUGAUUCGAUUAAACCUAGUCAAAUGUCUUCCAACACAUCAUCACCUGUUCUCAAUAGAAACAACUCUGGACAUUUCCUUUCAAACUCUGUUAUACUAAGUAGUAAUACAAUGACUACACCAUCUUCAUCAUCAUCUACAUCUUCAUCAUUGACUGGUACACCAAUCAAUAAUAGUGGUAAUAAUAAUGUUGUAAUAGGAGGUGGAACAGGAACAGCAGCAGGAACAGCAGGAUCUACAACAACAACAACAAUUGACCGAAAGACACCAUCUAUUAGAGCGAUACUUAGUCCUCCACAAUGUACCUAUUUAAUUACAGCUGGCGACGAUAAACGUAUUAAAUAUUGGGAUUGGGAUAAUCCAACCACCAACUCUUAUUACAUCUCACCUGGAAGAGACCCACUACCACCCUUCACAAACAAAGUUAGUUUCAAGACCAAUGGUACUCAAAUUCAAGAGGAAUUGUGGUCAUCUACCGAUCAAUACUCUUCUGCCAAUAACCCUGUAUAUUCUAGACCAUCAACCAUUUCAUCGAUCACUUCUUCCUCGUCCUCUACUGGCGCCACAUCAUCUUCAAAACCAAAAACACCAACUACACCAACCAUUCAUCAUCAAGAAACUAUUCUCGAUCUUAAAGUUAUGGAAGUACCUCAACCAAUGUUGAUUUCCGCUUCUGCUGAUGGUAUUAUUAAAGUUUGGAAAUAA